GGCACUGAGCUCACAGAGACGAAACUCCACUUUACACCAACGAAGAAGAAACCAGGAAGUCGGGGGAGAGCUGUUGCUAAAGGUCUCCAUCAUGGCGGGCCGACGCGCUCUGAAGGCGGUGCUCAUCGACCUGAGUGGAACUUUACACAUUGAGGACACGGCGGUGCCCGGGGCGCAGGACGCCCUCAACAGGUUACGGCAGGCGUCUGUCGAUGUGAAGUUUGUGACCAACACCACGAAGGAGAGCAAGAGGAGUUUAGUGGAGAGACUGCAGCGGCUCGACUUCCACGUCCAGGAAAAAGAGAUCUUCACUUCGCUCAGUGCCGCGAGGAGUUUGGUGGAGCGGAAACAACUCAGACCGCUGCUGCUGCUGGAGGACAGCGCUCUGGAAGACUUCACAGGUGUGUGAGUGAGGCCCAAUCCCAAACCACACCCUACACCCUACACACACUCCCCCUCUGUG